UCUUUCGAGCACAUAAAUUCGUUACCUUCACAUUCUUCCUCUUCUCAAGUACCCCUCUCUCUCUCUCUCACAGAUCCUGAUCAUAUGCCACUUUGCUUGGAUCUGUAACACAGCAACGUCACUCAUCAAACCUUACUCAUAUUAAUUUUCUCUUUCUCCAACUUCAACACUCAAGAAUUUCAUAAAGAAUGCGAAACAUCAACUCAGUUAAGCAAGAAUUCCUGAAGAAAUGGAUAUGGGGUCUCAGAAAAUACAGCUCUCAGAAGAAAAACAUGAGUCUGAUGGAGAGAAAGAAAGCCAUAAAGCUGUCAGCAGAUUUAGCCAUGGCUUCCACCAGAAACAAAUCCACUCGCUGGAGCAGGGCCCUUAUUGCGAAUGCUUCAAGAGAUGGCAACAACAAAGUCCUCACGGAACACGUGUCACCAUCAUCAUCAUCACCACCACAGAGGCCGGCAACAAGGAAAAGCUUCAGAAGGAUCAGAAGCUGCAGAAACAUGUUGAUCAGAAGAAACCGUGCAGCAGUCCACUGCAGAACAAAGGAUAGGGUGGUGGCGGCGAGUUUCGUUGCGAAGAGGCUGGUCCAGAAGAGAACGCGAAGGCUCAAGAGUCUCUUACCAGGAGGAGAAUCCAUGGACGCUGAGUCUUUGGUUGAAGAAACCCUAGAUUAUAUACAAUCACUGCGAGCUCAAGUUGAAGUUAUGAGACGUCUUGUCACUGCCUCAGAGAUCAUGAUCCUAAAUCCAUCGGGUGGAGAAAAAGAGGCGCUCCCAUAUAUACGUUAAGGCAUUGUACAGAGGUAAACAUAUAUGUAAGUCAAUCAAAUUAAGGUUUUAUUUUCAUCACGCUCUCCUCGAUUCAUCGGAAGUUAUAUUGGUUAAUUGGUUUCAUAUAUGAUGUAUGUUAAUUUGCCUGUUUAUCUUUGAUUCGACCACUUUUCUUUUUCUUUUAUCAUCGUAGAUUACAUGUGUCAAUCGUUAUGUGUAUCAUUAAACCUGUGAGAGGAAAUUGACAAUACAUGAUGUCAACCAAAUUGUUUUACAAUAAACAGCAAAUUAAACAAGUUUGCUAAUUAUCUAUA